AAAAGAAGAAGAAAAAAGACGAGUCAAAAGGAACAACGUUCCGCGAACGAUCUUGAAGAAACAGCGUUCAAGCAGGGUGAAAGUGUAUGGGUGGAAGAGGGGUUUCCUGGUGGCUUGCCUUGAGAUCAGAGACGAUAUUGAACUCGAUGCACAAGUACCAGCCGAGGUUUCACCUGGUGCGGGCCAACGACAUCUUGAAGCUUCCCUAUUCCACGUUCAGGAGUUACGUUUUCAAGGAGACGGAAUUUAUCGCGGUGACCGCCUAUCAGAACGAGAAGAUCACCCAGCUGAAGAUCGACAACAACCCGUUCGCGAAAGGAUUUCGGGACACGGGGGCGGGGAAGCGCGAGAAAAAAAGGCAGGCGCUAUUGACAGUGUCAGGAGGCGGUUCUCGUCUAACAGCAAGUGGUCCAGCAUCCCCUGAGAAGCGUCGUUCGUCCAACUCGGUCAACGACCUCCUGGACGACGAAGACAAGCUCCUGGACGUCGUAGGGCCCGAUACACCCCAUCCGGCGCAUCAUCAGCGCGAGCGUGAACACUCCCGCGAAAGGGACGACCGAACGAGCGAAAGAGGGGAGGGGAGCGAAUCAUCUGGCUCAGAGAGUGGCGGUGCACCAGGUCCAACGGGUUCAGAGGGGCCUCGACCGGACGUGUCAGUCGGUCCACCGCUUCAUCCGCCCCUGCUACCGUACCUCUAUCCACCGGUACCUGGUCUCUAUCCAGGCCCAGGGCCACUGAUACCACCCAGUCCCUUGGGAAUCCACGGUGGAGUCACACCAGGCAUGCUGUUCAACGCGCAACUGGCUCUGGCCGCGUCUCAGCAUCCAGCCCUCUUCGCGCACUAUCCUCACCCACUUGCCAGUCCUCUUCACCAACUGAAGGGCCAUCGAUUCGCGCCGUACACCUUGCCAGCACCGUCGCACGGCUCUGCCUUCGAGACGGUCACCCCUGGUAGCAGAACACUGAGCCCAAGAUCCCCACCGCCGAGGCCUCCGACCGGCUCGCCAACGCCCACGACUGGUCUGACAUCUGGCAGCAGUUCAGCGGGCGAACUCAAGUCCAUAGAGAACAUGGUGAACGGCCUGCAGGAGAAGAGGAGGCGCAGCCCUAGUCUAACGCCCGGUGGACACAGAGGGGACGCGGAUGCUGGCGGAGGGAGUCCGUGACAGGAGAACGAGCCCGUGACCAGCACGAACGACGACCCCGACGACGAGCAGCUGGCCGAAACCUGUGAGCCUGAAGAGCUGUCCGGCGACGAGAGGGAACCGGAUUCAACCUCCGAGCCGUCGUAGCAGGGGAGAGGGCGGUCGUCGGUCUCUGACAUCCUCCGUGCCCCGAUCCGGGAUGGUCCACGGCGAACCGAGCCCCGGGCGCCUGGACGAGGAACGCUCGACAUAACGAAGUGCAAUUUUAGCCUGAGGACUGGCCGCGUGUUCGCCGGGCUCGAUCUUCCGGGACACGGCGCCGUUUCCCUGCGAGUGUGUACAUAAAAUGGCCGGGAUGAAUCGCGCGUGUAGACGCUGCUCCCAGGACUCUGCGACCGUUUUGCUGGUGUACAUUUUUGUUUACGGGGCACGGGAAGGGUGGGACGAGCGCGGGACUGGACGGGACUGAGACCUUGCUACGUGAACGUGAAAAUUGUUUUUCUUUCUUUUUUUUUUUUGUUUUUUUAACGUACGAUCGCAAGAGGAACUCUUCGAACCACUUGGAGUGUGAAAAGACACAUUUCGGGGACAGUUAUCUGAGUGAUUGGCAAAGUCUUGAGAAGGGGGAGGGAAUGGGAGUCUUCUUCUGGUUUUUAAGGUCUUGGAAGGCUUGGAAACGAGUUCCAGUAACGUCACCAGUUGUCACGAUUCCAUUAGUAUUGAAUCAUUGAUCCGGACACUGAGUUCGCACGAAAGUUUGCUCGAAGUACAAAAUGUUCCCAAGUUCCAAGCUUUCAAUGAUCGUCAAUAUUACAAUGAUUAAUAAUGGGGGGGGGGGGGGGGGGGGAUUUGAAGAGAAAUCACGCUCGAAGUGUUUCGGAAAGUAACUGUAGUACAGUCGUGAAGGUGAUUAACGAGGAUGGAAAGCUAAGAGAGCAUUGUGCCCACGUGCAUUUUAGAUGUAAUCGAGAAGGAGACAUUGCAAUACGAAAGCACCUCCUACUAAUUGCAGAGCCCCUGUACAUAUGUACCCUAGUGAUAUUAUAUAUAAAUACCUA